CCUCCGCCACUUCCAGCUGUCGCCUGGCCGCCGCUCUCUGAGUGAGUCCGUCCGCGGAGCCGGCGGCGCCAGGUGCGUUCAACCUGCCCGGUCCCGUGUGCCGCCGCUGCCACCGUAGCCGUCCCGGGCUCCUCGCCCCGUUGCCGCGAUGGCGACGCGCUCUUGCCGGGAGAAGGCUCAGAAGCUGAACGAACAGCACCAGCUCAUCUUGUCCAAGCUGCUGAGGGAGGAGGACAACAAAUACUGCGCCGACUGCGAGGCCAAAGGCCCCCGAUGGGCUUCCUGGAAUAUUGGUGUGUUUAUUUGCAUCAGAUGUGCUGGAAUCCAUCGAAAUCUUGGGGUUCAUAUAUCCAGGGUCAAAUCAGUCAACCUAGACCAAUGGACACCGGAACAAAUACAGUGCAUGCAAGAUAUGGGAAAUACUAAAGCAAGACUACUCUAUGAAGCCAAUCUUCCAGAGAAUUUUCGAAGGCCACAGACAGAUCAAGCGGUGGAAUUUUUCAUCAGAGAUAAAUAUGAAAAGAAGAAAUACUACGAUAAAAAUGCUAUAGCUAUUACAAAUAUUUCCUCCUCUGAUGCUCCUCUUCAACCUUUGGUAUCCUCUCCUUCUCUGCAAGCUGCUGCUGAGAAAAAUAAAAUAGAGAAAGAAAAGGAAAAAAAAAAGGAAGAGAAAAAAAAAGAAAAGGAGCCAGAGAAGCCUUCAAAACCUCUUACAACUGAAAAGCUGCAGAAGAAGGAAGAUCAGCAAUUGGAACUUAAAAAAAGUACUAGCCCUAAGAAAACCACAGAGCCCACUGUGGAUCUUUUAGGACUUGAUGGCCCUGCUGAAGCACCAGUAACCAAUGGGAACCCAACCACGAUGCCAGCCCUGAGUGAUGACCUGGACAUCUUUGGACCAAUGAUCUCGAAUCCCUUGCCUCCAGGUCAGGGGACAUCCACUGGACCAGUAGCUGCCCCCGUGUCUACAGUAACAUCUGGUGAUCUGGAUCUAUUCACUGAACAAACCACAAAAUCAGAAGAAUCCACAAAGAAACAGCUCUCCAAAGAUUCCAUCUUAUCUCUGUAUGGUACCGGGACCAUUCAGCAGCAGACUACGCCUGGUGUGUUUAUGGGGCCCACAAAUAUGCCAUUUACCUCACAAGCACCAACUGUAUUUCAAGGUUUUCCAGCAAUGGGAGUUCCUGUGUCUGCAGCUCCUGGCCUUAUGGGAAAUGUAAUGGGACAGAGCCCAAAUAUGAUGGUGGGCGUGCCCAUACCUAAUGGGUUUAUGGGGAAUGCACAAACUGCUGUGAUGCCACUUCCUCAAAAUGUUGUCGGGCCCCAAGGCGGAAUGGUGGGACCAAUGGCUGCGGCGUCCCAGAGUAAGUUUGGUGUGCCGCAAGCUCAGCAGCCCCAGUGGAGUCUCUCACAGAUGAACCAGCAAAUGGCUGGCCUGGGUAUCACCGGUGCAAACCCCACAGUGGGCUUUGGCCAGCCCCCCAGCACGACGGCAGGAUGGCCUGGCAGCUCAUCGGGUCACACUCUCAGCACACAGCUUUGGAAAUGAAAAUGCAAUACAAGUCUCGUCCAGAACUACCACCUGACGUUCCUGUUUCUUCAUGUACAUAUUUUCUUUUUGCCCCAUUCAUUCAUAUUAAGAAUGAUCUGAUUGACUGUGUGUUGGUCUGUACUGAUUAAAUUUGAUGUGGUGAAAAGCAGGUUGAAAAACCACUUAGGUCAGGGCAGCUUUUCUUCUUACCCAUGAUUUCCUAAACCAUUAUUCUUUGAGAAGCUGCUCUCGGUCGACUUGCGUAAUCAGUUUUACUCAGUAAAAUUGUAGCUCUAAUGUUUGCAGAUAAGGGAAGUAGUUAUCAUGUUAGUAAUACCUCUAACAGUAUAAACCCUGCCCCAAAUUAGCCAGUAAUCCUGUAGGCAGAUACUGUAUGAUCGAAUGUUUAAUCCUAUAAAUAGAAUGUAAAUGUAUCACUGAACACUGUUUUCUAAUGUAUCAAGAGUCUUUGAUCGCCUCGUUCCCUUCACUGUGCUGUUAGGAUGACGUGUGUAACAGGGAAACAUGGUUAGUGAAAGGGAGAUAAACCUGGAUGUUGCUCUAAUUUCGUUUAAUGAAUGUUUAAACACUCACGUUUUUAUCUGGAUCGCUCUCCUUAGAAACAUAGUGCUGAUACGAAGACUUCCUCCGCACCAUGUGCAAACAGGGUAACUACACAAAGCCACUUUCCGCUCCUGCAGGCAUGUCCAGGUUUGUGACAGUAGUUGUGUUUACAAUUUGUGGUGCCUAGUAUUGACAAAAUGUUAUUUCCCUAUAUUAAACAGAUGGAUCCAUAGAUACCACCACCCCCUUUUUUGUGGAUUUUAUUUCCUGUGAUAGAUACUGCCACCAACCUUCCAAAAGCUACUUAAUGUUGGAAAGUCAGGAACUGGGAACAUUUAGUUGGCAUCUGUCUCCCAGACCUUUUCGGUUUUACAAGGCCAAAGGUGGCGAAUGUAAGAGAUUAGAAUGGUAUCCUGCAGGUCAUCUUAGCUGUAUUGUACAAAGAUGUUUGCUUGUGGGGAACACAUAAAAACACAACGUUUAUCAUUCAGUUAGCUUAUGUUAACCAGCAGGCUCUAUUUGUACAGGUGUCCAUCAGAAGUAAAAUGAACAGUACCUGAACACUCUACAGCCUAAACUCCCGACAUGCUCCUCCUUCCACACCGCCAUUGCCGGGCAGUCUGCACCAGUUGCUGCUGUCCUUUAUACCUCAAUUUUCACUGUGUCCAGGUGGUACUUUGGCUCAUUGGCCAGAUUAACCUUCUCUGUCCGAGUGUGCCACACGAGAACCUGCAGAGGGGGAAAUACCCAGGGUAGCUACAGCCACGUUCACAGUGCAGCCAGGCAAGCAGCACGCGUGAAAGGAAUACCUUGGUGCAGUUGUUUGCUUUUGGCUCCAAUUCUUCAACUGUUGUUAUCUGUUUUAGAAAGUCAGACUCUUGCAUCCCUGGCUGGGACCCAUGGCGCUUAAAUACAGCUUUUGGAUUGGACAAGAUGACUUGAAGGUUUACAGCAAAUCCUUUGUGAAAAGUUGAAGAAAAGAAAAUUAAAGUAAAAUAUUGGUGUA